AUGAUCUCCCAGAAGGUUGCGCAACAAUCCCUGCGACGGCUUGCCGUCCAGCAGCCAUAUGCCGUGCGAUGGUCGCUGAUGAACUCGAUGACCCCUGCUGCGGUUGCGACGGGCCGGACGACGAUGCAGAUGAGGCAAGUUACUUCGAAGGCCUCUGAUCCAACCAAGCUCCUCGCCCAGCAGCGUCUUCACCGCCCCGUUUCUCCUCACCUCACCAUCUACCGUCCUCAGGUCACCUGGAUUCUCAGUGCUCUGCACCGUAACACCGGUCUCAUCCUUUCGGGUCCGUUGUAUCUCUUCUCGAUUGCCUACCUCGCUGCUCCUGCUCUGGGCUGGCAUCUCGAGUCGGCCUCUCUGGCCGCUGCAUUUGCUACUCUCCCUCUCGUCGCCAAGAUCCUUCUGAAGGCGACCGUAGCGCUUCCUUUCACUUUCCACACUCUGAAUGGAGUUCGCCAUCUGGUGUGGGAUCUCGGAAGGGGCAUCACCAACAAGCAGGUUAUCAAGAGCGGCUGGGCGGUAGUGGGUCUGAGCGUUGUUAGCGCUCUGUACCUGGCUUUCAUUUAA